CCUCUGGAACAAUCAGACGGAGACCCCACACACCGGCCGAGAGGCUGACAGUGAGGCCGACCAAUGAGAGAACGGCAGAGGGUGGGGCCUUCACAGCGGCGCCGCAAAGGAGCCAAUCACAGUUCUUCAAGGCAUCGACUCUGGAGAGCAGAUCUCUGCCGGUCUCUGGGUACAUGACUCACACCGUCUCUGCUCCCAGUCUCCACGGCAAAACUCCCGAGGAGCUCACUCUGCUCCUGAUCCAGUUGCGCAGACAUCAGUCCAAGAUGGCAGCUCUCAGACGAGACAUGCACUUCCUGUCCAAUAAGUCGCACUUCCUGUCAGCUAGCCCCGCCCACCGGGUCAGCCCAGGACCCUGCAGCGCUCAGGUGGAUGACUCGUUCCUGCAGUUGAAGAAGGAUCUGGAGUACUUGGAUCUGAAGAUGGGAGCAAAGUCACUUAAGGAACUCAAACCACUUAGAGUGGCAGAAAGUGACAUUGAUGUGAAGUUGAGUCGUCUCUGUGAACAGGACAAAACUCUUAAGGAUUUAGAGUCGAGGAUCAGCACUCUGCAACAGGACAAGGAUCAGUUGGAGGCUGUACUGGCACGCUCUCACCAGCAGAUGGAGCAGUUCUCAGACCCUUUGUCUCGUCAGAAGAUGUCUCUCCAUCAGAAAGUCCUUCAGGAGGAUCUGGUCCAAGUCCGAGCCCAGAUCUCCAGGGCCUACACGGACAUGUCUCGUUCUCUGGAGGAGUUUGUACUCCUAGAAAAAUCUGUGGAACAACUACGAUCUGCUCUACAAACCCAGCUCAGCUCCUCCACACAGGCUGAGAGGGCAGAGCUGAAGAGGGAGCUGUGGAGGGUGGAGGACGUUUUGGCUGGACUCAACCGCAACCGACCCCUCGACCCCCUUGAGCAGAACUCAGAGAGGACAUUAGUGCCUUCAGUUCAAGAGUCAGUGCCUUCAACCAAUCUGCUCCAGACCGUGCCAAGCUGGUCCGAUGCCCCGCCCCCUCCGCGGCCGCCUCUUCCCUGUGGUUUCUAUGAGGAAGACGAUGCCCGCCCUGAAGUUCCGCCCCUUCCCCGAGAGGCCGCUGUGAUUCGCCACACAUCAGUGCGAGGUCUGAAGCGCCAGUCAGAUGAGAGGAGGCGAGACCGGGACGUCGGGGACUGGAAGUUCCAGUCUGAUCUUCGGUCGUUCCUUAGUGAACCAGAGUUGCCGUUGGAGCCUCACAGCACCUCAGGUCUGGGCGGGUCUUCAUCUGGACUAAACCAGAGCUCGGUCUCAGCCUUCGUCACUUUGAGGAGAGGAGACACUCACAAGGAUCGCCCCAAGAGCGCCUUCGAAUGCUCCGCCUCCUCCCCGGCACUAGACUCUGAUUGGCCAUCCCCAGUCCAAUCACGUGGCAGGAUGAGCGCUGACGAGCAGGUGCAGCGUCUCCAGCAGAGGGUGCGGGGGCGGGACAGACAGAGGAGCAUCGGCCAAUCAGAACGCAGUUCCACCACGCCCCGCCCGGAGGGGUUUGAUUGGCAGCAGGAGCGACCAAUGACAGAGGGCCAGAGUGAUGAGGGGCGGGUCCAAAGUGAAACAGUCCAAUCAGAGGAGAGGAUCAAGGAGGCAGAGCCAGAGGAGUUUGACUUGGACAUCAGCAAAGAGCUGUCGAGGCCCCAGAAAGUCCAGAUCCCAGAGAGACUAGACCCGGAUUUGGAGGAAGUCCUGAGUCCAGAGGAGCAAAAACAGAGACGAGAGAGAGCAGAACGUAUCAGGAACAUGCUUACCAAAUCCAGGUCCCAGGUCCUCGUUGACUUUCCAGAGCUGGGUGCAGUUUUACAACAACAGCAAAAUAUCAUGAAACAGGCAUCGAUACAAGGAAGACUCCUGAAGACCGGUAAAGCCGCUGCUGAGAGCGACUGACUGUCCAGGACUGACCCUGUCCAGGCCUGACCGGAUGAAUUUAAGACUGGAAAAACAGUUUACUACAGAUUUAUUUAGGUCACAAGCACUUCAUAAGUGUAUGAUUUACUUUCUGUUUUGGGACUGACUGA